AGGGAGGUUGGACCAGAUGACCCCCUGUACUUCCUUCCAGCCUUACCCAUUCUGUGAUGCUGUGGGUCAGGCAGUGCUUUUCCAGUGUUUAGAUGGGAUUGUAUAGGCUUAUGCACUGGCUGCAAGUAUAUUAGGAGAGGAGUCGUGAACGUCGGACAUGUAGCCUAAUGUGGAACAUCUGGCUUGGAUAGUCCCAAAAAAUGUAGAGCGCCCCACGCCUGUGUAUGAGGCUGGGCUUCUGACUUCAGCCCUCUGGAAUAUCUCCCCUUUAAGUACAACAGAUAGUGUUGUACUGCUUUCAUUAUUAUUAACUGCUAGUGUUAAUUUGUAAUUUUAUUGAAAUUUUUGUGAUUGUUAAAUGUAGCGUGCUAUACAUCAGCUAAAGAUCUCAAGUAUUUUCUUCCUCUUCUACCCUUUGCUUCUUCCUAUACCUUGUGUUCAUCCUGCCAUAGGUCUGUUCUGGUGUCUUUGCUUUACCUCUGUUUUGCCAGCUGGAUGAAAGGCAGGGUUAUAGCUGGGCUCAGUCCAGGGUGUUUAAAAUGGAUGUCCCUCAAGAUGGGGACACCUUCUUACCUUACACCAGGCCAGUGAAGGCUGCUAGAAAGCCAUUGGUAUGGGUUUGGUGACAGCAGGUUGGAUCUGUCACCUCUGGAUGAGGCCAGCUGUGACCAGCCAGGUGGGGAAAAGGGAAACAGUUGUGGAACUCCAUUGCAGUGAAUACUGUGGAAAGAUAGGCCAUUGAUAAAGUUGGAACAUGGGUGAACAUCAGUGGAUGCAGCCUCUGCCUUCCUAUCUUUUCAUGUGUACAGGAGAAAGAUUUUAAUGGAACAGCAGAUUCGAUGAAUACUUGUCUUCAUAUUUGAGUGAUGGAUGCCAAGAGCUUGCAAGUGACUGUUUGCUGGUCUGAGUAAUUUGGGCAUGAAGGCAUGUUUUUAUAGUAAACCAAGAGUAGUAUAGAAAAAGUACUCAUGGGUAAGAGAAAGGAAGAAAGUGUUUCAAAUCGUGGAUCCCAGAAAAGGCAGAGAAAAGAAUACACACAUAGACUUAGUGAUGAGCCUAACGAAGAAGAAACUUUAGAGUUCUCAGCUAGUGGUAGUGCCUCUUCACAGUCGCCUGACGGUGAAGUUGGGAUAAUUGAAAGUAUCCAGCUGAAGAACUUCAUGUGCCAUUCAAAUUUGGGGCCGUUUCAGUUUGGAUCAAAUCUCAAUUUUGUUAUUGGAACCAAUGGAAGUGGGAAAAGUUCUGUAUUAACUGCACUAAUUGUUGGACUUGGUGGAAAAGCCACUGCAACUAACAGAGGCUCCUCAUUAAAAAUGUUUAUUCAAAAAGGAGAGACUUCUGCAGAUAUUUCCAUAACUUUGCGGAACCAAGGUAGAGAUGCAUUUAAACCAGAAUCGUAUGGUGCCUCUAUUACUGUGAAUCAGCACAUUAAUCAGGAUGGAAGCAGAACUUACAAACUGAAAAGCAAAUGUGGGGCCAUAAUUUCUUCAAAGAAAGAGGAACUCAUAGGAAUACUGGAUCACUUUAAUAUACAGGUAGAUAAUCCUGUGUCUGUUUUAACCCAAGAGAUGAGUAAACAGUUUUUACAGACUAAAAAUGAAGGUGACAAGUACAAGUUUUUUAUGAAGGCAACUCAGCUGGAACAAAUGAAAGAAGAUUAUUCAUUUAUUGGGAAAACUAAAAAAAAUACCCGUGUUCAGAUAGAACAAGGGGAAGAGCGUCUUGAAGAACUUAAGCAGGUUUAUUUGGAAAAGAAGGAAAUUUUCAAAAGCAUUGCAUUCGUGAAUGACAUGCAAAGUCGUCUCAAAGAUUUGAAACAUCAGAUGGCGUGGGCAGUGGUGAGUGAGAUGGAAAAAGAAAUAGAGCUGCUUAAAGAAGGUGUCAGAGCUGAAGAAGGAAAUACAGAGUUCCUUCAGAAGGUAGAAGAAUGGCAGGUAAAAGUGAAUGAAGCAGAAAAAAAGUACAAAGCAAUACAAGACAAAUUGAUAACCGUAAGUGAAGAAGCACAAGCCCUUCAUCCUCAGUGUAUUUCUUUGAAGGCUGAAGUGCAGGCAAAAAGAAAAGCAGUCAAUGAAACUGAGAUAGUUUAUAAUCGUUCCAAAACAGAGUUAAAACGUCUGGGAAAAGACAAUGAACAGCUAUGUAAACGAAUUGAAGAACUGAAAAGCUGUGCUAAUCAGGUUUCAGAGCCUGAAAAAUUGGAAAGACAAAGGAGAAUUGCAUACUUAAGGGAACAGUUAAAGGCAUUCCAUGAUGAAGAAAUAAUGAUUGAUCAGCAGGUGGAUCAGUUUCAGCAGGCUAUAUCUAAGUGUAGGGAAGAACAUUCUAGACUCAAGAGAGAAAACAGUGAUGUGCAACAAGCACUGGAUGCCAAGCAGAAACAGCUGAGAGACCUGAAAGACAGUAAAACAAAUACUUUGAAAAGAUUUGGACCCCAUAUACCAGCAUUUCUUGAAGCAAUUGAAAUGGCCCAUAAGCAAGGACGCUUUAAAAAGAAACCUCUUGGACCUUUAGGUGCUUUGAUUCAUCCAAAAGAUCCUGAACUGAUCUUGGCUAUCGAAUCCUGUUUAAAAGGCCUACUUCAAGCAUUUUGCUGUGAUAAUCAUAGUGAUGAAAGAACUCUUCAGUUUCUGAUGUCAAAGUAUUUUGCCCAUGGACAUAGACCUCAAAUAAUUGUAAAUAAAUUUCAGAAUAAAAUUUAUGAUACUAGUCAGAGAGCUGUUCGUCAUCCAGAAUUCCCAUCAGUUCUGACAGCUUUGGAAAUAGAUGAUCCAGUGGUUGCCAAUUGUUUGAUCGAUAUGAGGGGUAUAGAAACAAUCCUGCUGAUUAAAAAUAGCCGUAAGGCUCGUGAAGUCAUGCAGUGCAAUCAGCCCCCAAAAAACUGCAGAGAAGCUUUCACUGCUGAAGGUGAUCAAGUGUUUGAAAGACGCUAUUACUCUUCCAGUUUUGUUAGACCCAGGUUCCUAAGUCAAGAUGUUGAAGCAGAAAUCAGUCACUUGGAUGGAGAAAUUGAAAACAAAAGGGCACAGUUGACAGCAUCUCAGCAACGUUUAUAUUCCAUUGAAAAUGAGAUUAGGCAAAAUGAAGAUCAUCUCUAUGGUCAUCGACGACACCAAAAACAGCUACAGAUAAAAGUAAGAACAGCAAAUGCAGAAAUAGCAGAUCUUGAAAACAUAGAAGAACACCAGUCAGCAGACGUCCAUAUAUUACAAGAUGAAGUUGAAGAAAAUAAGAGUAGGAUGGAAUCUGUAAAACAAGACAUGCAGCUGCAAAGCAGAAAAAUGGAAGAACUGGAAAAUAGUCUCCAAGCAGCUGAAAAACAAUUAGAAGAAGUGAAAGAAAAAAUUCAUCAAGUAGAAGAAAUUGCUGGCCCAAUUAAGGCUGAAUUAAACCAGGCUGAGUCAGAAGUGGAAAACAGUAAACGGCGUUUGCAGCACUAUGAAGACAAACAGAGAGAGCACGUGGCUUGCAUAAAUAAGCACAAAGAUUUGCUAGUUGCCAAAGGAAAUGAAUUAGAGGAAAAAAUGGCAAAAGCAAGGCAAAUCUUCUCAGAGCGCAUCAUGGUCACCAGAACUGUUAAAAGUCUCGAUGCAGAAAUGAAUCGCUUGAGAGAGAAGAUAAAUUCAGAAAGCAGUCACCGUGGAAACAGAGAAGAAAUAAUACAGCAAUUUCGUUAUGCAAGGGAAAGAUACGAGGAUGCAAGCAAUAAAGUAAAGAAUUUGAAGAGAUUUAUUGCAGUGCUGGAUGAAGUAAUGACAGAGAGGCUCAAAGUGUAUCGUCAAUUCUUAAGGAGCCUUUCUAUGCAAUGCAAACUCCAUUUUGAGCACUUACUACGUGUUCGAGGUUGCUCUGGAAAUAUAAUUUUUGAUCACAAGAAUGAGACACUUUCCAUAACAGUUCAGCCUCGAGAAGAAGAAAAAGCUUCCCGUAGUGAUCUGAGAUCCCUAUCAGGAGGUGAACGUUCCUUCUCCACAGUUUGUUUCAUUCUUUCUCUGUGGAACAUUUCUGAAUCUCCUUUCAGAUGCAUGGAUGAAUUUGAUGUCUACAUGGACAUGGUUAACAGAAGAAUUGCCAUUGACAUGAUUCUGGAGAGGGCUGACUUUCAGAGGCAUCGACAGUUCAUUUUGUUCACCCCCCUGACCAUGAGUUCUCUGCCUAUGAGUCCCCAUAUUCGAAUCCUCCGCAUGCCAGACCCUCCAAGAGACCAAAGAACAUUGAAUUUCCAAAAUAGGAAUAACAGAGAUGAAGAUCAAUAAGUAUCUCUGUAUGAAUAUGGUAUAAUAUUGAAGACAAAUGUAGAAUAAUAUGUGUAAAAUUAUUGCUUCCUGAUGCUGAAAAAGAUGAUGAUUUGUUAGAUAGUCUCAGGAAGAUAUUUCUGUAUUGUUAUUAAUAAUUUUUUAAAGGAUUACUGUGUGCACAGAACAAGAAUAAGCACAGUUUGGAUGAGGAGAAAAUUUUGAAUGUUCUGUUGAUAUUUUUAGCUACCAACUAUAGAAUUUUUUUAUCUGUUACUCUGUUUUUUCUUCUUGAAAAAUGAAAUAUAUUUUGUAUAACUAUGAAGUAAUAUUUUAAUAAACCGUUUGAACUAAUACUUGUGGUAAUGUUUUAGUGUCUCUACACACUUAAAUUAGCAUUAAGUUAAAAAUAUCUUCUUCCUAGCUAUGCUUUAUUUCUUAAAUGUGUGCUAAUUAAUACAUGCAGUAAAAUGUGUUUCAUUUAUUUUCCAGUGAAACCACAGUAGCUGAACAUGAGAAACUAUUAGAACUUAUAGUUUCAUAAUUAGAAAAGGGAAAAAUUUAUUUGUAGUAUGUUAUCUUGGUGGGAAAAAAAGUCCUUUCAUUCCUUUCCUAAAGAGUAUGAGUGUCUUUGGACAUGAGCUUACAAAACCUAGCAAGCUGUGUCAUUAUAAACCUAGUUUCUUAGUUCCAGUAGACUAGUUCUUGCACACUCUUGAGUUCCAAGGUAUAGAAUAAGUCUCUAAAUGUUCAUUUUAUUAUGAUAAACUAAAUAGACACAAGUCUUUCCAAUAUAUGGGAAGGAAGUAGAAUAAGAAUUUUGGGAAAUAAUAUGGUAACUUUUGUACAGCAUUGUAGCCCUGUGUUUUGUUGGGUCUCCCUGCCUUUCCUCCCCUCCCACAUCUCCGGGGGACUAGAGCACUUAAACUUGAUAUAUUUAGAUAUUGCAAGCAUUUACUGGGGAUAAGAGGGAGAAAGAAGAACCAGAUUUUUCAAAGUCCCUCAAAUUAACCUUUUUUUCUCUCCUGUUCUUUUUUUCUCCAGGAACUUGAAAUUGUUGGCAGCUCUUCAAAAAAAAUCAUUUUUUAGAGUCCAGCUGCUUUUCUUUUUUGUUGUUGUUUUGGAGGAUUUUUUAUUGUUGUUUGAUGUUACGCAGCUACAAAAGCCAUUGAGACUACUCAGAGAAAAACAUUCAGCAGUUUCUGCACUUUUUUAGUGAAUAGAAGUUCCUCAAUAAAACCUUAUUACAGUGUAAGUUUUAA